CUUUCAUACACAAAUCACCAAGUCGUCGCCAUUUUAAUAGCGCGUACCGGCUUCUGUCUUUUAUCGUUAAAAAGAUAUUGCUUUAUAAUAUUCAAUAACUGACUAGGAUAAAAUUUCAACAACCUGAUAAUAAAAAGAAGAUUAUAACAAUAAACCCAUACGAUGUUUAUUCUAAAGUGCUCAAGAGAUAAUUCUUUUUGUAAAAUUGAUGAGAGUGAGGUUAUCUUUAAUAAAGAUAGCCCGCCAAAAGAAGGUGAAACGGUUAAAUUCCUAUGGUAUAGAAAAGAAGAACUUGGAGAAAUAGCAAUGAAAUCUGAUAAUAUAAAAAAAAUUAAUCAAAAGUUUGAACAAGUAAAAAAGCAUAUGAAAAAAAAAACACGAAGUCCAAGCACUUCCCCAGAAACUACACGUGAAUCACACAUUUCUUCGAAAAGAUCUAGAAAACCAAAUGCUAAGUAUAAUUCUAACUCUUUUGAUAACUUAGGAUUUGUGAAGCCACCUAAAGAAGUUCAAGUUCCAAAACUGACUCGUAAAGAUGACAAUAAAAAUCAAAGUGACAAAAUUACACAAUUGCUUAUUGAAAAAGACAUUGCAAAAAAUAAGACAGCUAAGUCUAAAAGCAAAAAAAUUAGUCCAACAAAAGAUGAGUUGAAGCAACGAUUAGCAAAAUUGGAAGGAAAUAUGAAAAAAUCGGCGGGAUCACUGUAUGAUGAGAUUGCACCUACUCCUCAUACCGUUGAACCCAGAAAAAAUAAUAAAAGCGAUAACGAAAACAAUUCUGCCACAGAAGGUGACUCUGAUGUUGAUAAAUCAGUAAAUGUCUCUUUAAUUGAAUCAGAAGGCAGUGAAGCCGAAAAGAGUCAUACUGUGAACUCGGAGAUGUCACACGUCGAUGAUACUGAUAAAGAAAAUAAUCCUUCAGUUUCUAAAUCUUUCGACAAUUCAGAUUCCAAUAAUGUAGGUAUAGAGGGUAUUGUAGAUGAUUACAACGACCCUGAUCUUUACGGUAAAGAUUGGUCUGGUGAAAAGAUGUAUAAACUAAUGGACAGAAUCUACUGUAAAGAAAAAGAGUACAAAGAAUGCAGUAGACAAUGUACCCAAGCUUCCCACGUCGUUCGGAGAUUAAUCACCGGAGUUUUGAAGCCGAGUGGUUACGUAGAUGCUACGCUGACUGGACAAGCUUCUAGAGCACAUCCACAAGAAGGAAAACUAACUUCAGUAAGAGCAUUCAAUACUGCAGCGAAGAAUGAAAUUGUAGGUUUUGCUAUGGCUUUAGCUAAAAUAAAAGGAUGGAAAGGUAAAAAAGGAAUUGAGCAAACUGAAGAAGAAUUAGCUGCAGUAAUGUCUCAAAAGAUUGGAGAAUUAAAAAGAGCUCAUGUUGCUAAUAAGAAAGCUAAGUCUUAAAUAAUUAUCUGAAGAAUGAAAUCUUUUUUUUUUAUUUUAUUUCGAUCAUUAUUUUAUUAUUAUUAUUAUUUUAUGAUUUAAGUUUAAAUAAGUGUUAUAUAUCAGACCGUAUAUAAAUGACAUUGAAAAGUUAAAUAUUAAAGACAUAGCUACUAUGAUAUUUAAGAUAAUCUAUAAACCAAAAAAGUAUAUGCUUGUGCAUAUCCACUGAUUAUAUUAAAAAAUAUGCUAAUUUAAAAAUUGUCAAAUAAGUAAGUUAAACUGCAAUAAUUAUUAUAAAUUUGCAUAUGAUUAUAUUUAAAAAGUUGAAAAAUAAUUAAUACUAGAAUUAAAUAACUGAUCAAAGUAGCUAUAUAGCUAGCGUAUAACUAUUUAAAAAGUUUAAGACUAAGUAAGAGUUAAGAACUUGUUCACAGUACCUCUAUUUUUAAAAAUUUUAUCAAGUAUGAAGUAUACUCAUAAGCAUAAGAUAAUAUUGAUAAAUAAUACGAUACCUUAUUAGAUUAAAAAAAUAAAGAUAUAUACUUGUUUGUACUUAAAGUUUGAUAAUAUUCAAAUGAAAAAUUCCUUGGUGACUAAAUUCAAUUGCAAUGAUUAUUAUUAUGUAAGUUUGCGUACGAUUAUUUAAAAAAUUAAAAAAUAAGUAACACUAAAAUUAAAAAAUUUUAUAGAUAGAUAUGACAUAUAUUAAUAGAUAUGAUGGAUAUCUCGAUAAUUUAUUUAAAAAAUAAAUAAUUUAUGUUUAUAAGUACU